AGAAUCUAGAGGAAGUUGACAUAGUGUGAGAACAGCACAGCACAAUAUGUGGUGGAGAGUUUGCAGCUUGCUGGCUUGGUUCCCCUUACAAGCGGCCUUUCUAACUAACCACACAGAAACCAUCACCGUGGAGGAAGGCCAGACACUGACUCUAAAGUGUGUUGUUUCUCAAGCGAAGACCGCCUCCCUGCAGUGGCUUGCUCCGUCAGGGUUCACCAUUUUUUUAAAUGAGCAUCCUGCUUUAAAAAAUUCCAAAUACCAGCUUCUUCAUCACUCCCCCAAUCAGCUCUUCAUCAGCGUGACAAAUGUAACACCACAAGAUGAAGGCACCUACAAGUGUUUACAUUACAGCAACUCCGUGAGAACAAAGGAAAUGAAAGUGAUCGUGCUGGCAACUCCUUUCAAGCCAAUCCUGGAAGCUUCAGUCGUCAGAAUGCACAAUGGAGAAGAACAUGUUAUACUUAAAUGCUCCACCAUGAGAAGCAAGCCCCCUCCGCAGAUAACCUGGCUAUUUGAGAACGACAUAGAACUCUAUGGUGAAACCCACCAUGAAUUUGAAAAUGAUGGCAAGAAAUGUAAUAGCAGCAGCACAAUCAGAGUCCAUGCAUAUGGCAAAAACUCAUCAGUGGACUGCAUUAUUCGACACAAAGGCCUGCAAGGAAGAAAACUGGUAGCAUCUUUUCAGUUCGAAGAUUUGGUUACUGAUCAAGAGACAGCUUCAGAUGCCCUGGAGAAAAGCUCUUCAUCCUCACAAGACCCUCAGCAGCCCACCAGUACUGUCACAGUAAUAGAAGAUUCUAGUACAUCAGAGAUGGAAGAGGAAGAACAAACCACUCAAGACCCUGACUUGACCACUGGAGCAAAUUCUCAGUAUACAGGAUUGAUGAAGAAGAAAAGUGGCAUACUGCUCCUCACUCUUGUGUCCUUUCUCAUUUUCAUACUCUUUAUUAUCGUCCAGCUCUUUAUAAUGAAGCUUCGGAAAGCACAUGUGAUAUGGAAAAAAGAAAAUGAAAUUUCUGAACACACUCUAGAAAGUUACAAAUCAAGGUCAAAUAAUGAAGAAACAUCAUCCCAAGAGAAAAAUAGCCAAACUACCCGUUCUAAGAGCUGCAUGAACUAUAUCACACAGUUGUACUCAGAAGCAAAAAUAAAGCAGAAGGAAAAUGCACACCAUUCAAAAUUAAAAGAAGAGUAUGCUCAGAUGCCAGAGAGCAUUGUGUAGUGCUCCCUGCAAUAGAAAAUAUAAUUUCAAAGCAAUCACAUCAUCACUUCCGUGGACAGCCUAUGGGAAGAAGCCCGAUUACUGUGACAGAAAAAACAUACUUUGAGCGCAAUGCAAGAUGGUGUCCUGCCUCGUCAAUCUGCCCCAGAUUAAAAGCAGCAAAAUGAGGACCAAACCAUGGACAUAAAGCUGCGUAGUUUAAAAAAUAAGUAAAUAACCUCUUAUGCCUGACACUACUUCAGAGCAGGAAGAGUCUACUAAACCUUGGGAUUAAGUCUGCAUGAC